AUGCCUACCAGGUUGACCAAGACCCGCAAGCACCGCGGCCAUGUUUCUGCCGGUCACGGACGUGUCGGAAAGCACAGGAAGCAUCCCGGUGGUCGUGGUAUGGCCGGUGGUCAGCACCACCACAGGACCAACAUCGACAAGUACCAUCCCGGUUACUUCGGAAAGGUCGGAAUGAGAUACUUCCACAAGCUCCAGAACCAGUUCUGGAAGCCCGUCAUCAAUCUUGACAAGCUCUGGUCGCUCAUCCCCGCCGAGAAGCGCGAUGAGUACCUCACCAAGAAGUCCGACAAGGCCCCCGUUCUCGACCUCCUCUCGUUCGGUUACUCCAAGGUCCUCGGCAAGGGCCGUCUUCCUCCCGUUCCCAUCGUCGUCCGCGCCCGCUACGUCAGCGCCGAGGCCGAGAAGAAGAUCAAGGAGGCUGGUGGUGUUGUUCAGCUCGUCGCAUAA